AAGACAUACCACUAUGUACGAUUAAAUAUAAUAUGCAUUUUGCGAUCAUUCUUCUGUGACAGGAACAUUACAAAGGAAAAGUUCCAUGUAUGUAAAUAUAAGUUUCAUAAGAUUUAAAUUGUAAGUUUUACUUGGUAAUAUAGUAUUUAAAGAAAAAUAAUUACAGAUGAUAUAGAGAUGUAAAUAAAGGUUUCUAUAUUAUCUUUCUAAGAUCUAAAAACUGAAUGUGUGGAAAUGAAUCUGUUUAAAAUAUUUGUCUAUUAAAAACAUAAAUAGUUUAAUUAUUAAUGUUUAAAAAGGUAUUAAACCCCGAGCUAUAAUUUAUACAACUUUUAUAGUUCGUCACGGAAUGGUGUGUAUAUAUAUAACAUAUAUAUAUAUAUAUAUUUAACUAUGGUUUUCAAACGUUUAGAAUCUUUUCUUAUUUAAAUAUUUCCUCGACAGACACAUGAUAGACAUGGUAAAACAAACCGAGAAUAACGCGUUAGAUAAAAAGUAAAUUUGCAAGAGCGACGUAGCCUCGUAUUCUAAUGUAUGUGUAAAUAUCAUGAAAAUAAUAAUCGACGAGUGGCCAUGAUAUUGAAUAUGACCUCGUUCAAUGAAACGAACUUUUUCAAUGAACGUAACAUAUGUUAUCACCUAGUGGAAUACAAUUGGUUUUCGAUUUCUUAUUUGAAGACGAGCCUUAUCUAGGCAUAAGAAGUUAGAUAAUGUCGCAUGUACGUCGUACUAAUAGAAGGGACACGCGUGCGCGGGAGGGGGCGAGGAGAGAGAGGGAAGAAAGAGAAAGAAAGAAAGAAAGAGAGAGAGAGAGAGAGAGAGAAGGGGAGGCAGGUCAGGGCAGGCUGACAGCAAGUCGACGUUCGAUUUCAGUCGAAAGCGAAAAGCCGUCAAGUUCGUGCACGGUCGCCGGACUCCCGGCUUGUUCGCGAGCGUACGCAUGAUUAACGUCUCCGUCGUGUCGUUCUCCGCGCAUCCAAAUGUCAUACGAGUGUUGCGGCGACGGCAAGGUCGCCGGCGACAGUAUUGUCGCCGCCCUCUCGAAGCUCUUCGCUUUCUCGCCGCUCACUUUUUGCCGCGAGAUCCUGAGCUCAAGCGGCAUUCUUCCGUCCUCUUUUUCCUCCUCUACCUCCUCUUCCUCCUCUUCCUCCUCCUCCUCCUUUUCUUCCUUUUCCUCUUCCUCCUCCUCCUUCUUUUCACCCUCUUCUAAUUCUUCUAAUUCUAACUUUACGUCUAACUCGACCUUCUCUAUUCCUUCUUAUUUCUUAUUCAGCAUCGACAAUCUCUUCGUUAUCGUAACGUCCUUGCUUCUUGGCUUCGUCCUUGCCAUCGUCCUCGUUCGUUCUCUUCGUCAUCGUCAUUGUCCUCGUUGUCGUCGCGCUGUCUAGAAAUCAUAGAGUCUAAGCAAACACAGCACCACGGGGUACGACUGAUGGUCUAUCAUCGCCGCCAUUUUUUUAUCCCUUCUCUUUUUUCUUCUCUAUACUAUCCCAUCUCCCCCACUCCUCUUACUCUUCACCCAUACUCGCUCUUUCGUCAAAACAUGGCGACAAUUAUUUCUAGUCCUCAACGAUGCAGCGCCUCUAGCUUUAACGCUCGUUAGGUGGCGCCACCAACUAACUCUCUUUACCUCAUUGGCUAAUCGUUUACGCACGACUUACCGCGCGAUUCGUAACCUAAACCCGAACUUAUUUUCUAACUUUGUUCUUUUAUUCUUUUUAUAUUUCUUUGUGUUUUAUUUAAGUUCGAUCAUAUCUCUUGUUUUACUCCGUUAAGUUUAGAAUUAGUUAAGAAUAGUAGUAAGGAUUAGUUUAGAUAGAACGAAUAUUAAGAAAUGAUAUUAAUUGUAUUUUAUAUGUAGAUCGAUUUCAUCGUGCGCGCGCUUACAUUCCCGCCAACGUCAUCGUCGAUUAUUUCCUUAUUGGUUAAUUUCCUUCGAAACGUCUUCUUUCAAAUAUGUCCGCGUUUCGAUAAUACGGAGGAGAGAAUCGACGAGAUUGUACGAUCUUAUCAGAUCAAAUUAUGCGAGAAUCACGUAUAAAGUAUCGAGAAAAGGAAGUAAACAAGAGACAAGUUCCUUCCGCUUAGAUCACGAUGAUCUUAAUUAAUACUAAGAAUCGAGAAAAUUGGCCUAUGCAUGUUACUUCGUCGCAACGCCUGCUGCCUUUAAAUCCUCCAGCAAAUUUAUGGUGCGUUCUUUCCUCGUCAAGGACGAGCGAUGUGUGCAUCGUACGUGGGUGUUUCGCACUUGCUUCGAACGAAGAACACAACGAGACACGAAUGUCCGAUCGUUCUACGUAUUUCAGUGUUUCGUAAACGUUUCUGUGUUUUUGAAAGGCGUCGACGAUCAACUCGCACGCUUUCCUCAGCUCGUUCAGAUCAACUCGAUCGAGAAGGUGUCUUAGCAAGAGCAAGAGAAACGAUUACUACGAGAAAGAGGAAAAGGAAGGACGAAGAAGAAGAAGAAAAAGAAAAAGAAAAAGAAGAAGAAGAAGAAGGAGAAGAAGAAAAGGGAAAGAGAAGAAGAAGAAGAACCGAGGACAAUGGCGGGUGAGGACACACAGAUUCUGGCGAAUGGCACCGUCGAGGCUCUCACGAUAAUACCAGCAAAAAUGGCCAAUGGGAACGGCCUUAUCUGUAGCAAACAUAACAACAAUGGCUCGAUACCAAAUGGGAAACUAAAUGAUAUCGGAGCUGCCGAGAAUGGGAAGCUGAUCGUGCCUGACGAAAAAUCGAGCAGCCUUCACACGGAAUUCGAUGACGCUGAUGUUUCCUGUGGUUGGGGUCCAUUAAGACCUCAUUGGUUGCAAUAUUUUGCCACGAAGCAGGCCUUCUUGGCCACUUUUUGCAUUACCUGGGUCCUUCAAGGCAUGUACUACACGUAUUUCGUCUCGGUAAUCACAACGAUCGAGAAGCUCUUCCAAAUCCAAUCGAAAACGACGGGUAUCAUAAUGUCUGCGACUGAGAUCGGCCAGAUCGGUUCGUCCCUUCUCUUAACGUAUUACGGCGGCCAAGGUCACCGGCCUAAGUGGAUCGCCUGGGGCAUGAUCCUCUUUGCCGUGAGCUCCUUCACCUGCUCGAUGCCUCAUUUCAUCUUCGGUGAACAGCUGAUCCAGCAAAACGAGAUGCUUUUCAGCGGCGUCGGACCUGCUGGGGAAUCAAAUGGACCUAACAAUACUGAUCCAGUUCCAGCUAAUCUCUGCAAGUUGCAUGAACGACCAGAGAACAAUACGCUCGAUGAAUGGAUCUUGGGUACAACGGCACCACACGGUGAUUCGAUUGAAUAUUGUGAAGGUGACUUUCUAACAGAGCAGAGGAUACAAAGCAAAAUAACGACGGUAGUCCUGGCAAUAUUUUUUGUCUCUUUGCUCGGUGUUGGAAUGGGUCAAACAGCUGUUUACACUCUCGGCAUACCAUACAUCGAUGAUAACGUUACCAGCAAGGAAAGUCCCUUGUAUUUCGCAAUCACAAUUGGUGUUAGGAUUCUGGGACCAGCGUUAGGCUUCAUCCUUGGAUCAUUAUGCACGAUGCUUUACGCGGAUCUAUCCGUAAAUCCACAAAUCACGCCUACUGAUCCAAGAUGGGUCGGUGCAUGGUGGCUUGGUCUUGUGCUGAUAUCCGCGAUGCUGGUGUUGGUCAGCAUAGGAAUGUUCGCCUUUCCUACGCGUUUGCCGAUGAGCAGAACACCGCCGAAACGAGCGGAUGCCAAAAAACCUAGUCUAAGAGAUUUUCCAAAAGCAGUUAAAAGGCUGCUAAAGAAUGACAUCCUGAUGUUCAGGACAGCUAGCAGCGUGCUGCAUAUCCUGCCAAUCGCAGGACUUUACACAUUCUUACCAAAGUACCUCGAGAGCCAAUUUCGCUUGCCAGCUCAUCAUGCUAACAUGAUAUCAGGUGUCGGUGGUAUUCUAGUUAUGGGUCUGGGUAUUAUAAUCAGUGGAGUGUUCAUUCUGAGAGCGAAACCAAACGCUAGGUUCGUUGCAGCUUGGAUAGCUUUCACAGCAGUCGUUUAUGCUAUUGGUAUGGGCGUAUUGAUGUUCAUUGGUUGUCCGAUGGACGAUUUUGCUGGUCUUGUCUCGCACUCCGAUGGAAUCUCGAGCUUCGAGCCAACCUGCGAGGCUAGCUGCGACUGCGAUCGGAACAAGUUCAGCCCGAUCUGUGGCGCGGAUGGCAAAACGUACUUCUCCGCGUGUCAUGCUGGCUGCUCGAAUUACACGAUAGCGGACGGGAAAGUGGCAUCGUUUUAUAACUGCCAGUGCAUCGGGCAGAACUUAACGAUGCCGGAAACGACGAGCACAGCGACGAUUGGUUACUGCCAAUUGGAAUGCAGUAACUUUUGGGUCUACAUGAUUCUCUUCUCGGUGUUCGUUUUUAUUCACUCAACGGGUGAGGUUGGUUCCAUGUUACUGAUAUUACGAUGCGUGGAUCCACGGGACAAGGCCAUGGCCCUCGGUCUCAUACAAUUUGCUAUUGGCUUGUUUGGUAACGUACCAUGUCCAAUCGUAUACGGUGCUGUUGUGGACUCAGCGUGUCUUGUGUGGGAAUACGCUUGUGGUGAACGAGGUGCCUGUUGGCUCUACGACUCAAAUGUCUUCAGGAUGUUUUAUCACGGCACGACGGGUGGAAUCCUUGUGAUGGCCUUCAUCGUGGACAUAGUUGUGUGGUACAAAGCCGGUAGUAUAAGUUUCGUUGAGGAACAGGAAUGUGAAGAUGGUACAGCCGAAGAAAUGGCCACUUUAAAGUCUCAGGACGCGCAAAACGUCGAUAAUGAUUAUCUGUGAAGGAUAUACAUACAUAUAUAUAUAUAUAUAUACAUAUAUAUAUAUAUACAUAUAUAUAUACAUAUAUAUAUAUAUAUAAAGACCCACACACAAUAUAUAUAUAUAUAUACACAUAUAUAUGGGUAAACAUAUGUAUAUAGUCUCGAAACGAUGUAUAUAGAGGGGUACAUAAGGCGUUCUAGUGUGAAAGGUUUUCAACCCUUUAAACACGAACGAAGUCGGUGUGUGAUCGAGGUGAAUUCGCGGCUGUCGUCCUUCGAGCUGUCCUACUUGACAACGGAUUAUUCUAGUCUUUCAUCGAAAAGGACGAGUCAGCGACAAAAGAAAGAGAAUCCCUCAAAUUCUCUUUCUGAAGAAGAAGAAGAAGAAGAAGAAGAAGAAGAAGAAGAAGAAGAAAAAGAAGAAAAAAUCCUCUCCGAGAUGAACCGGCCAACGAUUCUCGACCAACGAUUCUAAAAAUCUUCCUUUAUCUUCUUUUCUUUUUUUUUCUUUUUUUUUUUUUUUUUUAUAUAAAAAAAAAAAGGAGAACGAAUCUAACAAACGGAAAAGUGUUACGUAGAUUGUGAAGAUGAUUAUCCUGCGAUUUUCUAUCUUCUCUUAUCAAAAAAAUAUAUAUCUUUGAAGAAAGAAAGAAAAAGAGACUGAGUCUCGAUGAACGAGGAAACGUACAUAGUAUGUACGCAUAUACAUUACUAUUAACUUACGCAGGAUAUAUUAAAAGAACGAUGGAAUAGAGAAGACGACGAGCGCAGCGAACGACCACGUGCCAAUAUAUUAUGUUGUUAUAUAUCACCCACGUUUUUUAAAAAAAAACGUCGGUACAUGAACACACGUUGUUUUAUCAACGAUAUUUUUCAUGAUUUGCAUUUUACAACUCUCGUUUAGUACUUUUGAAACAAAACAAAAAAUUUAAUUAAAUUAAUCCUUUGCAUUUCAUAGACACCGCUAUGUCGACGUCCAUAAUAUGAAGUAAAAUUAAUUUUUACUUCAAACCAAUCAAAUAAAUCUUUUCUUUUAUCUUUUACUUGAUAAAAGAUAAUAUUCUUUAAUUUUCUUCGCUGGUACUCCGAAAAAGCGUUACGAACUUGUUGGUUAAUUAUAUAUUUAACAAUUGACUUUAGUGCAAAGGAUUAAAUUAAAUUAUAUUAAAACUGCCGAACUUAUCCUCGCAGAUUGACGCAUACAAUAUAUUAAUCAAUAUAUUUACAUUUUAUCGACAUUUUAUGCUUCCGCUAAGUAUCAACGGAAAUUAUUAACAGACUGACGGACGUUAAGAAACGUUCGCGAAACGAAACACGGCCUAAUUGAGAAAAAAAAAUCUCGUAAGAUUCUCUCCUCCACCGUUUUACCCCUCUCGCUUCGGGUGAAGAAAAAAUUAAAUAUAUAAAUAUAUAUAUAUGUAUAUGUAUAUAUAUAUAUAUAUAUAUAUAUAUAUAUAUAUAUGUUUAAAAUAAUAAAAUUAAAAUGUGCCGAUAAUCGUAAAUCCAAUAGAAUCCUCGAAGAAAAAGAUUGAUAAUAUAUGUAUACAUAUAUGUACUAUAUACGCAAUGAGUGGCAUAUUGAUAAAUCGUGUAGCGAGCUGAUAGGACGUAUCCUAUAUGUGUAUGUUCCUUCUUUGUGUAUUUGUAUAUAUGUAUAUGUAUAUAUUUUUAUGUAUAUACGUAUGUAUGUAUAUAUACAUAUACAUAUAUAUAUAUAUAUAUAUAUAUAUAUAUAUAUCAUUUCGUUCCAAAGUUCCAAUGCAUAUAAAUGCCCUCUGAAUAUUGAAACGUAUGUGUACAUAUGUAUAUGUAUAUGUAUAUGUGAAAGCCGUACGUGUAUAUUUUUUUCUUUUUUUUUUAAUCAUUAUUAUUUUUCUUAAAUAAUAUAAUAACAUCGCGAUAUCGAGGGCAAUCUUUUAAGCUCAAUCUAAUUAGUUCCUGGUACGAAAUCGAAAGGAUUAUUUAAAAAAGCUCGUAAAAAUUAAUUGGCGCUCUAUGUAUCGUCGAUUAAUGCGCGUCAUCUAUCUCGUACCCGAAAAGAUCUAAUUAUUAAUUAAUCAUAUUGCAGGUGUAUGUACAAAAUAAUAAUACUUUCGUACAUACAUAGAUACGUACGUAUGUAGAGUGAAAUUUGUUUCAUUCAUAGGACAAUCCACUAAAAAAUUAAGAAAGAAAAAAUUUCAAUCGAAUGCGACAGACGUCAUUUGCGAAAGCGAAAAUUUACAAACGAACAAAAAUAUAUACAUACAUACAUAUAUAUAUAUAUAUUUGCGUAUGUGUAUAUAUAUAUAUAUAUAUAUACACAAACACACACUAAGUUAAGUCUCUAACUUUUUGCAAGUCGUAUACACAUCACACACAUACACUCCAUAUAUUGAUAUACCAGAAGAAAUAAACAUCACACAAAUUACGUAUCACAAAGUAUUAACUUAUGAAAAUGAAAAUAAACGGAGUCUCGGGUACGAUUGCAUCCAGCUUCUCCAUUUUGCAUUUUAUUCGCGUAUGGAAAGGAAAUAAAAAACAAAAAGAAAAAUAAAAAAAAAUAUUUAGCAUUAUUCUCGACGAGCAUAUUCACAUCACAAAUAUUUUAUUACAUAAUUAAUUCCAUCGAGUAUGGUAAGAAAAUAAAUAAAAGAAAAGAAAAGAAAAAAAAAAAAAAGAAACGAAAAUGCUUAACAUUGUUCUCGCGACAAGCAUAUUCACACAUCACAAAAAUAUUUUAUUACAUAACUAACACACUCCAAAGUAUAUAAUAUAUUUAAUGCUAACGGAGAAGCGACGCGAUUAAACUCGAGUCAUUAACCGUCCGCACUCUUAAUCGAAUAUUGUAAUAAUCGUGUUGUACUAUAUGUUCGUGUGUACAUAGACAUUCCGUGUUUAGAUAUCUUCUACAAAACAAUUAACGAAUGAUCGUGGAUCGAAUAAUCUGCGAUCGUUGCGGCCGGUGGAACAUUUUAUUAUUAUUACUUUUUCUCUUUUUUUUUUUUUAAUAAUUUUUGUUCUUAUAAAAUAUAAAAAAUCUCGACGCAGAAGAUUAGAGCAGAAGGACGAGAAUAAAGAAAGAAAAAGAAAAAGAAGAAAAAAGAAACAUAUAUAUAUCAUAUAUAUAUAUAUAUAUAUAUAUAUAUAUAUAUAUAUGCGACACAUAUUUUUAGACGAUUUGAAAGAAAAAUGAGACGAAAUGAAAAGAAGAAAGAAAAAAGGAAAAAAGUAAAUCGUUGAUUCGUUAUUACGGUGAUUAGCCUAACAUUAGAAGAAGAAAGCAUAAAAAAAAAAAUAAAAAUAAGCGAGGAAUACACGGGUAAUUGAUUGCCCGUGACAAAAGAAGAAAGAAAACAUUUCAUGAGAAUUACAAGAAGCUGUAUUUUAAUAUCGUACAAUUUUACACGCGCGAAAGAAAAUACAUCACGGCGAAACGAACGUCGUCGAUUUUUGAUUCUCGAAAGGAAGAUAGAAAUAUUAAAUAGGAAUGGGUAGAAAAAAAAAACGAAAAGGAAAAAGAAAAAGAAAAUGGACUCUGCUGAACGGUGUACCGUUGAAUUAUUAAUUAACACAUCGUUGACUGACUAUUAUAUGCAAAAAGUAAUGUUUCACAUUUGGCUAUAUUUUCAUAAUUGAAUUAAAAUCAUUAUUAAAAUAUGAAUAAUUCAAGAAAAAUUGAUAUCAAUAUUAAAUAAACACCAGACAAUACAAUAAACAAUACUACAUGUUAGGUCAAACGUUCCUAAAUUAUUUUAAAAAUUAAUUACUCUUUUUCGAAAGGUGUUUCAGGCAAACUUUUUUCCAAAUUACAAAACUACGAGCCUAGCUUGUAAAAUUACAAGCCUAACUUCAAACCUAAGAAGUCUCGAAAAUAAGUAAUUGAUUUUUUAAAAUCACUUAGAAACUUUUUUGGCCGAUCUAGGAAUCGUUGAUUCAUCAUUGUAUAACAACGACUUAAAUAUUAAAUUUAAUAUUUUAAUAAUUAAAUAAAUUAUGCGUGAGCAAUGCAAACGCGAGCAUAUAAUAUUUGUGAGAAAGGUGAACGAUGUGUUAAAAGAAAAGUUUCUGCGGCAUUCGAAAAAGCGCGCCAUUGCUGCGCGCGCAUGAAACCGGGAAUUUCAUAUAUUUUUGGAAAAUUUUAGUUCUUCGAAAGGAAAGUAAAAGUUAAUUAAAAAAAAAAAGGAAAUACAUAAUAUAUAUACGUAUGUAUGUAUGUAU